AUGGACGCCCGCAAGAAGAAGAGAAAGGUCCUUCUCAUGGGCAAAAGUGGCUCAGGCAAAUCAUCCAUGCGCUCAAUUAUUUUCAGUAAUUACGUUGCCAAAGAUGUGCGCCGCCUAGGCGCUACCAUUGAUGUGGAGCAUAGUCAUGUCAAGUUCAUGGGCAACCUCACAUUGAACCUCUGGGAUUGUGGAGGACAAGACGCAUUUAUGGAAACAUACCUCGCCUCUCAACGCGAGAACAUCUUCUCCGACGUCGCGGUACUAAUCUACGUCUUCGAUAUUGAAUCCCGUGAAGUCGACCGCGACCUAGACACAUAUAAUGCAAUCAUCCAAGCCCUCCGCGAAUACAGCCCCAAUGCCUACGUCUUCUGCCUCGUCCACAAAAUGGACCUCAUCCAAGCCGAGCACCGCCAGCGUAUCUACGAAGAGCGCUCCGCCCUAAUCCGCAGCCGCUCAGAGCAUUUCCGCAUCGACACAUUCGGCAGCAGUAUCUGGGAUCAAUCGCUUUACAAAGCCUGGGCCGGGAUUGUCCACAAACUCAUCCCAAACCUCUCAGUCAUCGAACGAUUCCUCUCAGCAUUUGCGAAGAAAAUCGACGCUGAAGAAGUAAUCCUCUUCGAGCGCUCCACCUUCCUUACCGUUACUUCCGUGACAUCGGAAGUAGGCGAACUGAACCCAAUCUACGAUCGCCAUGAACGUCUCUCCAACAUCAUGAAAGCGUUCAAGCACUGCGCGGCUCGAAAUACACUUACAACGCCUGCUUCUGCAGGCUUCGUCGUCAUGCAUACCAAAACCCCACAAUUCAAUACUUUCCUCGGCCGCUUCACGGAUAAUACUUAUAUCUUCCUUGUUGUUCCGCCUGGCGAGGCAGCAUACAACUGUGCAGUAUUGAACACCAUGCUCGCCCGAGAGGGAUUCUCCAAAUCCGCCGCUGCAGGUCGAACAGAUGGCUUCCCGCUUCCUCCACCAGAAACCGAGGAUGGAGCGAAUGGUCACGCUACGUGA